GUUUAUCCACAAAGUGGGGAAAACAAAUUGAGAAAGGAAGGAAUUAGUGGGUGAUCCAGCAACAACCCCAAUAUAUUAUAUGUGUAAAACACCACGCAGAUGAAGGUGAAAGUAAAGAGUUGGACUGCAGUGGCAACAUGGCGAUGGGUUGCAAAUGAUGAUAACUGUGGGAUUUGUCGUAUGGCAUUCGAUGGCUGUUGUCCCGACUGUAAGCUGCCUGGAGAUGAUUGUCCACUUGUCUGGGGCGAGUGUUCUCAUUGUUUCCAUAUCCACUGUAUUGUUAAGUGGCUCAACUCCCAACAAGUGAACCAGCUGUGUCCAAUGUGUCGACAGGAUUGGAAAUUCAAAGAAUGACCAAAACACAUCUACAGCAUUUAUAGGACUAAGCCUGGUUCAGGUGACACCACUUUUGUGAUAGUGUGUCACACUUGGUUCAGGCGACUCCACUUUUGUGAUAGCGUGUGUCGCACAUCCUGGUAGAGGAACUGUUCUCAAUAGAAUACCUAGUGUAUUAUAUGGUUAAUGAGAUGUGGAGUUCUACUCGUAUCAGACAGGCUAGGGACAAAACUUAUAGAGAUUCUGUAGGUUUGUAUUUAUGUUCUUAAUGCUAAAGUGAUGUGAAAAAUGUUGAUGAGAACUUAUUCCAUUCAAAUGAAGUAUGUCCUGUCUGAAACAGCAUGUACGGAAAUUAUACUGAAUGAACUUAUAUAUAAGGACCUCUUGAUACUAGAAAGAACAAUUGUGGAUAUUUUCUCAAUCAAUUUCCCUCAAGGACAUAUGCAGACUACAGUAAAAUUGUAGUAAGAUUAUUGAGUUAUGGUGGAUGUUGAUGAAAGUGUAUAACUGUAUGUCCUUGACCUGUGAUGAAUGUUGAUGAAAGUGUAUAACUGUAUGUCCUUGACCUGUGAUGAAUGUUGAUGAAAGUGUAUAACUGUAUGUCCUUGACUUAUGAUGAAUGUUAAUGAAAGUUUAUAACUGUAUGUCCUUGACUUAUGAUGAAUUUUAAUGAAAGUGUAUAACUGUAUGUCCUUGACCUGUGAUGAAUGUUGAUGAAAGUGUAUAACUGUAUGUCCUUGACUUGUGAUGAAUGUUGAUGAAAGUAUAUAACUGUAUGUCCUUGACCUGUGAUGAAUGUUGAUGAAAGUGUACAAUACUGACACCAUUAUAAUCUGCAAUUUAAGUAUAAAGACAACAGAUGUGUUUUGUCAUUUAUAGAUAUCUUUAAUUGUGUUCAUAUGUAAUACAAUAAUCUAGCAAACAA